AGUGCGCGUGCCCGAGAACGCGCGGCUGCACUCGGAGCUCGCGAGCUUCGUCGCGUUACAUUUCCUCGCGAGCAAAUUGUGUCGUUAAAUAGGUAAAGUUAUCAGACAGGCCACAUUUCCGUCAGAUACACUGACAGCAGUGUCACGUCCGAACCACGGGGUCAUGAAGAAGCGAAGAGAAAGCUGCCGUUAGCGUACUGCUAGCUGUGUGUUCAGGGAAGCACCACCCUCGCGUCACCAUCAGCGUCAUCAUCAGCGCGCGAGGCUCGGGAUCCGCUCACUAAGGGCCGGGUCGGUUUUUAUAAUGGCGACUGUUAUGUUCAGGCGAUUUGUCCGGCUUUGUAGAUACCUGCAGGAUCCUUGCCAUGUCGCCAGGUUCCAGCAGCUGUGCGGGGUCAGAGGGACGUUUUCCCGCAGAUCAGGCGCGACAGAGAAGGAGCGCGAGCGGGAUCUGUCUCCUAACGGCGCGUGUGUGGAGCGGUGUGACGCUGAUCGGGAUCCGGACACUGACAUCAGGAAGUGCGUGAAACAUCACGAUCCGGUUAACGGCCAGAACAAGGAUGUUCCUGCGAGCAGAACUGGCACUGAGGAGAAAUUAGAUUCAAGAGGAAGAGUCAAGCCUCUCAGGAAGAACUCUCUGACUGAUGAUGUUGGCCAGGAGUUCAUUAUCGAGAACAGGUUCCUCUUCUACUUGUUCACCAUGGGCACCGAACUGGGCAAUGAGAUGUUCUUCAUCGUGUUCUUCCCAUUCCUGAUGUGGAACGUGGACGCCUGCGUGAGCCGGCAGGUGAUCGUGGUGUGGGUCUGGGUGCUGUUCUUCGGACAGACCACCAAAGACCUGGUGCGGUGGACACGUCCUGCUUCUCCACCCGUGGUCAAAGUGGAGGUCUUCUACAACUUCGAGUACAGCAUGCCGUCUGUGCACGCCAUGACCGGGACGUCGGUCCCUUUCUGCCUCUUCAUGCUCACUUACAACCGCUGGGAGUACCCGUUCCUGUUUGGACUGAGUGUGGCCAUAUGCUGGAGUUUCCUGGUGUGCAUUAGCAGAAUCUACAUGGGAAUGCAUUCUGUCUUGGAGGUGAUCACAGGCUUCCUGUACAGCUUGCUGAUACUGGCUGGCUUUCUCCCUGUGCUGGAUGACAUCGACACAUUCUACUUAUCAGCCAGCAUGGCUCCUGCACUCAUUCUGCUGCUGCACGUGGGCCUGUCCAUGCUCGCCUUCUCUCUGGAUUCGUGGAGUACGUCCCGGGGUGACACCGCCCAGGCUCUGGCUACCGGUGCAGGGGGUGCGCUGGCAAGCCACCUCAACCACUGGCUGAGCCUGCAGAUCGACCCGCCUGCCUCCUCGCUACCUCUGAAGAUGCCCUCCAUCACCGGUGCACCACUGGGACGCACUCUCUUGCGCCUGCUGAUCGGCGUGGCAGUCCUGCUGGCUGUACGCGCGAUCAUGAAGGCCAUCGCCAUCCCAUUGGCGUGCCAGUUAUUUGGCGUACCCUCUAAUGAUGUACGCAAGGCACGGCAGAACCCCCGAGUGGAGCUUACUUACCGCUUCCUGGUGUAUGGAACAGUGGCCUUUUGCUGUGUCUUCCUUGUGCCGUUGUUCUUCCUGUGUCUGAACCUGUCGUGAAACAUCUGCCUUAGCCAGUAAUGUGGUAUCAGUUUUCUGGGAAUACUCUGCAAAUGACAGUUUUUCAGAAAACAUUUUUUGCGUGUAGGCUGUCUAACAAGCUGGCAUUACAUUGGCGAAGAAACCACUAAACUCUCUCAAGUAAAUAUGUUUUUAUUUUUAUUUUUCAUCUUUUUGUCUGAUAUUAGUGUCACUUAUUAAUAUGUCAAUUUGAAACAUUUCUAUCCUUAAUCUUUUUAAAAAUCUUUCUUUAAUAAGCCAAAGUGUCGUUGAUUUUUCCAGCACACCGAGGAUAGACACAUGAACCAGGCAGCUUUUUUGCACAACUCCUAUAAGAAGAAUAUUGUGUUGGUCGACAUCUGUAAUCGGACUGUAAAGAAAUCAUGAAUUUUAAAGUGAGGUGUUCAGACUGUUAAAAAAAAAAAUUAUUCACUGAAUUAUUCACUGAAUGGGCAGUUUUCUCCGUAACUGUACUGACCAAUUGCUAAUAGCUUAUAGCUAUGUUUUGUGCAGACUACAGCCCAUUUGUUGCAAUCCAAAAUAUGGCAGCAUUUACAAUGUUCAUUUUUCCAUCAACAAGCGAGCCGUGUAGACACGCUGAACUUGUUUACCUUCACCAUUCUUCUACCAUGUGACACAAGUCAGGACAUAUGGAUGGAGCUAAAAAGAGAAGACCAAGUUGAUUGGUCAAAUGCAAUAGCACAAAGUUAAUUAUCUGACUGGGUAGCAUUAUAUGACGUGCACUAGGCCAGGAUGUGGAUUUGCUGAGCCCCACUGGUUGUGUUUGUGAAAUACUAAAAUUGUACAGAGCAACAGAUGGGCUACAGUCAGUAAUUGUGUACCUACAUGGUGCAGCUGUACGGGUGUGGUGUAGCUAUGACAUGGUUGUGUUUAAUACGCUGGCUGUGUCUCAGAGGUGAACAAAAGCUUUUGCUGCAGAACUAAACAACAUAAUAUUUAGGAGCAUGUCUGCUUAGUUGUGUGAGGAUCCUGUUUGUUUUAUCUCCACCCGUCUCCUCGACAGCCUUCCUACCUACACCCAUCCUGCACCAUUGUGUUCUACAGUACAUUGGCUCCGUUCCCACCAAAUCAAGCCGGUGCACAUACACAAGCUCUGCCUACCCAUAUUAAACUUGUAUAUACAAACCCACUCCUGAGGGUUUUCCCUUUUAAGGCCCUUCUUUGUCUCUUAAUAAUUCAUUCUGAAGCAUGUUUUUUUCACUUCAGCGCAGUUUAAGAGAAAAUUCUGAGCAUAUCAAAGAUCUCCAAGAAGAAUAACUUUAUCGCAGCAUGGCAGUGACUACAUGAAGCACUCCGGGUUCAUCGGAGUCAACGUGAACCCCGAACAGUAUCAGCACAGACAUUUUAUACUGUAUUUCAAACCAGGCUUUCUGCACGUAAUGUAAAUGAGGUUUCACUCUAAAUGUAGAUAGCCUUUGAUGUGAUCACUUUCCGUUGUCCGGUUUCACUGAUGUCCUUACAGUUGUGACCCGCAAAUGGUGAGGUGAUAGGAUUGUCUAGACACAUGUCUUUCUGACUGAAUUACAGUCACGUACCCAUUUGUUCAGGGAUGGUUCUUGGUGUCCCACCGCCGCUCCCACGCUAUAACUGAUUGAACGUCACUUUAGAUGGUAUUACACACAUAUUGCUGAGACUGAAGUGAAUUGUCCCUUUGAUAAUUCUGCCUUUUUGGAGAACAAGCUUAUCCUAACACAUUUCGGAGUGGAAUCUGCUGAGAUGCAGUCUGUCAUUUCUUACAGCUGCUCAACGCAAUGUUGGACUCUGGGUUUGAAGGACGCUGUCUGCGGACUAGUUAUAUGUGGUCAUACUUGAUGGUGCAGAGUUUCUUAAAUUUAAAUCCUCCUGUCUUUGUUUUGUUUAUUUUACAUUUCAUGCUAAAUGGAUAAGUGUUGAGAGAAUAAAGGGAAAAUGACUUCCUGUUUCUUCAUUCUGUGUGCAUAAAUUCAUACAUGCCCAAUCGAAAACUCUGGACUCCGGGGAUGACAAGGUGGACUUCAGCUUGAGUAGUUUCCAUGGAUAAAAUUCGAUUGCUUUAUAUAUAUUAAUGUAUUGUAACGGUAACGCUUUAUCUUAAUACAGAUGACAGAAAACAGUAUCAUAGGGCUUGUUUUUUUUUAUAAAAUUAUAAUAACAUACAAUUCCAAUUAAACAUACCCAGGCUUCCCUAAGUGUAACAACCUUCCAUUCUCUGUCGCAGGGGAACCUGGAGUCUAUCUAAUCCCCAACCCUGGAAAUGCGCGGCAAACGUGCUAAACACUAAGCCACCGUGUGUCCCCCCCCAAGUGUAACAUCUGCUAAUGAAAUAUAAAUAAGUUCGUGGACAAAAUAAAUUAACAUGUUUAUUGACACAAACAUAUAGCGAUUCAUGAUAUUUGAUUUGAUUUGAGAUUUAAUACAUCUUGAAACAAAUAAGUACAUGGCACAUGAAUUGUAAACUACAUUGAAAUAUCUUCCCUAUUUGGUUAAUUUAUCCGGCAUGUCUCAACCCAACACUGCAUCCCAAGCAGACCCUUUCAAAGUUAACAAAAAGACCGCAUUACUCCCUUACAACCCAGAUAAACGGCAGAAUUAGACAGUGGGCUUUCUCACACAUUCAGUCCUCGUGUCCAGAAGAGACUGGAGAUUUAGAUUGGGCAGUAGAAGGUUGUUGGUGGACAUUGAUUAAAAAGCCACGAAAUGUGCCUUACUUGAAUGACAUUGUACUGAAAAUGUCUUGAUGUACUGUGGUCCCCCCCCCCCAUUUACGUUACAUGUGUCUGGUAGACUAUAGUGAUUUUAACUGCACAGCUCCAUGCUACGGUGUUUGUGUAUUUCCUAAUCUGUCUGAAAAAUAUAGUGAAGAGGUAGAAGGUCCAGAGAUACGUAUUCAUGCAAAGUGUAUUUGUCCUAAAGUAUUACUCUGCAUAAAUUGCAUUAUGUUGUGGAAAACUCUUUAUCUCAGUCUGUUUAUGUGAUUGAAAUGUUAAGAGAUUAUGUUGAGAUUUUAUUAAAACAGAUUUGAGUGUCUGGUAUGCAGCACACCUUACACCACAGACCAUAUGCUACUAAAAUAACAAUGAUUCACUCGUUCUGUUCUGUUUGUAGUCCAGGUCUUAUGGAUGGACUUCAGCACCUUCUGUAGCUUGGGCUAUACAGAAGCCAUAACUAAUGUUUCGUGGUUAAGAGAUAAUGUUGUAACGCCUGUGAUAAGCACUGCUGUUAAUUUGGACAAAAAUAUUCUUCCUCAAAAAAAAAAAAAAAAAUGUGUAGUAAAAAUCUGUCAUCAGGCACUCAUUGUGGUAUCGAUUAAUAUGUCACUGAUAUCAGUAUGUAAACUAGACCACAAUAAAUAUUGUAUUUGAUCAUCUA